GCACUGGUUGCGGGCGCGCUUUCCUCGCCACUCUUCCUCCACCUCCCUCCAACUCCAACGAACACCCCCGCGAGCUCGACGAUUUCCCCGCCGCAACAAACCAAAACGAACCAACGAAAACGAAGCUCCCCACCCACCCGCCUCGGUGGUGCCGCCGCCAUCACAUAUCCCCCCCUCAUUUCCCCUUUCCCUCCGCUCCGCCUCCCCACUCCUCGCUCGGUCACUCCCCCACACCGAAUCCGCGCCGCGGCACCGGGCCCCCAGGACCGCGCCCGCGCCGGCGGCCAUGCGGUGGGACGCGGCGGAGGCGGAGGCGGCGCUCGAGCGGAUCUGGGACCUCCACGACCGCCUCAGUGACGCCAUCCUCGCCGCCUCCCGCGCGCACCUCCUCCUGCCCGCUCCCCCGCCCCCUCCCGUGCCGUCCGCGCCCUCCGCCAAAGGGCCGGCCUACCGCGUCGGCGGCGGCAGGAACGGCUGCGUCUUCGUCAAGGGCGGCGGCGGCGGAGGCGAGGCGCUGGCCGCCGCCGCGGAGGCCAUUGCCGAGGCCAGGAGCCUGCACGCCAUCCGCUCCGCGCUCGAGGACGUCGAGGACCACCUCGAGUUUUUACACACUGUUCAAUCACAACAGCGGGCGGAGCGAGAUGCUGCAAUUGCUAGACUGGAGCAAAGCCGUCUAGUACUUGCUAUGAGGUUAGCAGAACAUCAAGGAAAGAAGUAUAGGGUCAUCGAUGAGGCCUUGGCAUUUGUUGGUGAAGUGAGUGACAAGAGUCAAUUUAUCUCACCUGAAGAUGUUCGUGCUACCCAUAGCCAGUCAGAGGAUAACAGGGGCAAUGGUUCAAGGAUUAUGUCAAAUGUGUUAUCUUGCAGUUUGUCAUUAGCCAAGAAUUCAUUUCGAUUGGACAAGAUUGGCGGUGCUCUCGGUAACGCCGCAGUGUUUGCAGUAAGUAUGCUUGCUUUCUUGCAGCUGCAUCAAAUUACAUUUGGAAGUAAAGCACCAGCCAUGGAAUACAGGAAGAGAAUCGAGUACAAUUUCCAAUCAGGAAGCUCACAACCUACCGGGAAAGGAAAACUUCUGGAGGUUUACCUAGCUAGAGGCUGAAGAAUUAUUAGAUCAUGCUGUUUGGAUGUACAGAAAGUUUUGACCAAAGUUCAAUUUUGUGGGUUUUGUUAGGGCACUGAUCGUUCUUUAUGACGGACUGAACCCUGUUCCAUGCAACUAGGGAACUGGCUGUCCGAUUCUUUUGGAUGGAUUUGAAGGAUACCACGUAUUGUAUCUCAAACUGUAAAUGGCUUUAUGCUUAGAGAUGGAUUGUUUGUAAACCAUGUUCAAGCUAACUUGAACUGCCGUUUUCAUCCAGCCUCUACGUUCUUGCCAGUUUUGAUCAUAUUCAUUCUACAAAAAGACAGCUUCUUGUUGUGCU